AUGCGAGACCGAAACCUACAAGCUGAUAUUGAUAGGCUGUACCGGGCGCGAGGCUAUCUUGAGGACGAGAAUUUCCGGGCAGCUAACGCAGCAAUACAGUCUUUGAUCGACGAGAAGGAAAAGUGGGAACAGUGGGAGUCGUUACAGACGUACAAGACUAUCAGUCUUCAGAUUCGGGAGAAAAUGCUGGAAGCGGCGGUCGAAUCGAUCGAGGAGAAUAUCGAGGUCUUGCAAGAGAAGAUGGAGCAGUCUCCAUGGGACCAGAAGUCGCACUACGAUUACCUCAAACCACCAGACUCAGAUGAUGAAACCGAGGAGGACACAGACAGUCGAGACACGACGGACCAGGAGUCAAAUCACGGGUUUCUUGGCAAUCCAGACUCGGGCAACGAAGUUGAGACUGAGGAGGAUGAGGAAGUGGAAAGUCUUCACAGUGGUGAUGUCGAGCGAAGAUGA